GGGGAGGGCAGGCCCAUGAGUAGGCAAUGCACAAACUAGUCAAAACUCAGUCUCUCACCCCCCUGCCUGCGGACUGAAGCAGUCGCUGGAGUUUCUUCGACGUCUGCUUUUAGUGCUUUCUGUAAGCACCGGGGUUUUAGGUCAAGAGCCCGAGCAGCCUCUGGACAGAAAAGAGGGGGGGGAAGUUUGAAAACAUUUCCAGGUAUCCUGCGCAAAACGAAGGAUUUAAUGCUGAACUUCUGAAAGUUGUGAAUGCAUGAGGUGGACUGAUUGACUCCAGACUGCUUUUGUCUACUAAUUUCUCUAAUAAGCAGCAAAAGGCUUUAGUCGCUCCGGUUGCGCUCCCCACGCGCAGCGCGUUUGUUUGCGCUCUUGUCAAACUUAUCGAAAGUUUAAUUGACACCUGUUGCGUGACGCCGUCAUACACUGAAGCGCGGUACGUUUAUCAAAACUUUCAACCGUUUUCACCGAGUGACUUUCGCGGAGCCUUUUUUAUUCUCACUAUGGACAGCGCCGGACUGUUUUGGAGUAUGUCUUUGGUUUUCUAAGUGAAUGAAACACUGGAAACUCUAGUGCCAAGUUAAAUUGUUCGGAGGUGGAAUUGUCUAAUAUUUUCUGAAGUUACUCCUACUUUGUAUGCGCUUCACAAGAACAUCACGCAGAGCCAGAAGACCAGGUUCAGCUGUCAGGACUUCAGCUCUGGAACUUUUUUGGAGACGGAUAGAUCGACAUCUGCUAACAAGUGUGCAAAGCCAUCUUUCCCUGAAGUCUUUCCUAUUGACGGACAAGCUGUUCAACCAAUAAAGCACAGGUUUUUGCUCGGGAUACAUCUUUCUUCCAUUUCGACAAUCAACUUUGAUCCAACUUCCAAGAACUUCCAUCUGAGGAGGCGCUUUGCAUUUCAAUUUCUUGGAGGAGGAAGGAUGGAUGUGAGAAUGAACCAAGGACACCUACUUCUGGCAGUGACCCUCAUCGUCUGCAACUCACAGCUGCUGGUGGUCGCCAACUCGUGGUGGUCAUUAGCCAUGAACCCCAUCCAGAGACCGGAGAUGUACAUCAUUGGAGCACAGCCUCUGUGCAGCCAGCUGACGGGCCUAUCUCAGGGUCAGAGGAAGCUCUGCCAGCUCUAUCAGGACCACAUGGUUUAUAUUGGAGAGGGGGCGAAGACGGGCAUCAAAGAGUGCCAGUAUCAGUUCAGACAGAGGCGAUGGAACUGCAGUACAGUGGACAACACGUCAGUGUUCGGCCGUGUCAUGCAUAUAGGCAGCCGAGAAACAGCUUUUACAUACGCCGUCAGCGCAGCGGGUGUUGUGAAUGCUGUGAGUCGAGCGUGCCGUGAGGGUGAGCUUUCCACCUGCGGCUGCAGUCGAGCGGCUCGUCCCAGAGACCUGCCCAGAGACUGGCUGUGGGGCGGCUGCGGGGACAACGUCAACUAUGGCUACCGCUUCGCCCGGGAGUUUGUGGACGCUCGUGAACGUGAGAAGAACUACCCACGCGGAUCGGUGGAACACGCACGCACGCUUAUGAAUCUGCAGAACAAUGAAGCCGGAAGAAUGGCGGUGUAUAAUCUAGCGAAUGUGGCCUGCAAGUGUCAUGGCGUCUCAGGCUCGUGCAGCUUGAAAACCUGCUGGCUCCAGCUGGCCGACUUCCGGCGUGUUGGAGAAUUCCUGAAGGAGAAAUACGACAGCGCCGCCGCCAUGCGCAUUAACCGACGUGGAAAACUAGAGCUGGUCAAUAAUCGAUUCAACCCACCGACAGGUGAAGAUCUGGUCUACAUCGACCCCAGCCCGGAUUACUGCCUGCGCAAUGAAACCACUGGGUCUCUGGGCACCCAAGGCCGCCUAUGCAACAAGACCUCGGAGGGUAUGGACGGCUGCGAGCUCAUGUGCUGCGGCCGCGGGUACGACCAGUUCAAGACCUACAAACAUGAGCGCUGCCACUGCAAGUUCCACUGGUGCUGCUAUGUCAAGUGCAAACGCUGCACGUCACUCGUAGACCAGUUUGUGUGCAAGUAGCAGACGUGAGAACUGGGGGACAGACGCACUGAGCAAUUAAGCAGGAGAAGAAACGGGACCCUUAACGGACCCAGAGGGGCAACUUAGAGAUAAUUAAAUGUAAAAAUGAUAUAUUAAAUAGCAACAAAUUAAAAUAAGUAUAUAAAUAAGUGUACGUGUGCCGUUGAUAGUAAUUUAAUGACCUGAGGAUCCACGUUGGACGUCAUUGAUGAAAAAGGAGGCACCGGUGUGAUGCAUUCCGGCUCAAGCUGUGUUUCUCUCAUAAAGAGAGGAAGGAACUCUUGACUUGUGCUACAAGAAACUCUUUAGAGACUCGAGGAAAAGGCGCAGAAAUAGGAUGGGGAACAUCAAGGGCGCAUCACCCACCCAUUGCCUUCCAAUUCAUAAACACACACACACACUCCACCUUGCUGAUGUCAGAGCUCUUAAGAACUUUCGGAAUGCGGAAUUCUCGGACGCUGCGUUCUGUGAGGUCAUAAUGAUCUCAGAGAUAUGGCCAGAACAGAAUGCUGCCUGUUUACCCGUCGCACGAGCGUUUCCUCCUGGAGAGACGUGUGAAAGAUGAAAGCAGGAAUGCUGAGUCCAACACUUUUGCACACACUAAAAAUCCUUCCAUUAUCCUUCAUGUGGUGAAAGUGAUGCAUUUCAGGGUCUUUCGUAUAGACGCUCUUAAAUAUAUAGGUUCCAACAGAGGGUUUUUGCAGUUCUAUAGAAUGAUCUAUUUCUUAGUGUGAAGACAUUUUUAACAUUUUCCAUUUAAAAAAAAAAAGCUUGUGUGGAAUGAAAAGGUUGUGUGGAUGUUAAAAGUUCUUCAUAGAACCAGUGAUCGCCAACUAAAGGGACAGUUCACCCAAAAAAUUAAAAGUCUGUCGUUGUGUUACAACAUGUUACAAACCUGCAGUGGUGGAAAGAGUACUGAAAAAUCAUACCUAAGUAAAAGUACCAUUACUUUCCUAAAAAUGUUGUGCAAGUAAAUAUUACACAAAGGAUGACCUUUCAAAAGUACUCAAGAGUAGUGAAUAGUGAGUAUUACUCUGUAAAAAGCUGAUGCAUUUACAUGUAAUUUGUGGAUGUGUGUAAACGUAACAUUCUGAAGUGCAUUUGGUUAUUUCCCAGCAGACACACAAUGUCAUAAGAAGUUAAUAUUAGGUUAGAUUUAGGUUGUGAUGUCAGCGUCUAAGGACAAUAUUUUGAUGUCCAAUAAUGAUGUCAAAUGAUGUUGAUAUUUGGUUGAUUUUAGGUUGUGUUAGAAAGUGACCAAAAUCCAACAUCAAGCCAACAUCUUAAAUUGACGUCAAGAACUGACAUUUAUUCGUCAGGUAUGGCAACCAAAAUCCAACGUCUGAUAGACGUCAUAGUGGUAACAUGCCCACAAUGUCACAUCAUUAGACGUUGAUAUUUGGUUGAUUUUAAUUUGGAUGUUGGACAUUGACGACGGACUGACAUUGGGUUUUGAUGUCAACCCUAUUUUCAUUUCCAAACAAAAUGCAAUGUCCCCUCGACGUUGUGGUACAAUGUCAAUCUGACGUCAUGUUGACGUCUUGUGCCUGCUGAGUGUUUAAGGCUAUUUCGGUCAUCAUACAGUAAACAUCUGUCAUCCUUUCAUCAGUGACAUGCAUCUAACAGUCUCUGGGUCAAUGCAUGUAAAGAUUUUGGACGUCUUCUUGGGACACUUUUAAUGCUUCCAAAUAGUUUGCUAAAUGUAUAAAGCGCACAUGUCUUGAGGUGGUUCGUUAUGAUGAGAUUUACCUUCUGCGAUUUGAUUGGACAGGAAGCACAGGACUGAUUGUUCUAAUUCCCAUUGACAAGAAAAGAUAAAGUAGUGACUGCAGGUUGAAGGAAAGUAGUGGAGUAAAAGUACCAACACAGCACUAUAAAGUAAAGGUAGACAUUUUUAAAACUACUUAGUAAAGUACAAUUCCUGAGAAAAACUACUACAGUCGUUUGAGUAUUUGUAGCUGCUUUACACCACUGCAAACCUGUUUGAGUUCCUUUCUUGUUGGAAACCUGUAACUGUUGACAUCUGUAGUAGGGAAGCCAAUGGUUACAGGUUUCCAACAUUCUUCAAAAUAUCUUCACUUGUAUUCAACAGAACAAAAAAAACUCAAACUAGUUUGGAACAAGUCAAGGGUGAGUAAUUGAUUGAGAAAUUUUCAUUUUUGGGUGAACUGUUUCUUCAAGAACCUUUAUUUUUAAGAGUGCAUCUUGAAAUCAGUCUAGAACCGAGAAUAUUGUUUGUUCUGUCACAUUUUUUUUCUUUUUUUUGUGUUAAAACUGUUCAAAGCCUUAUGGUUAUGAAAGUGUGUCUGGUAACAAAAAAAAUAUCGGGGGGAUGGGAGUCAAGGCUACGUGAUAAGGACUGCAAAACUAUUAUAGUAACCAAAUACUAGUGGUUCAGAUUAUAUUUUAUUAAUUGCUUCUCAUUUUAUACAUCAUAUGUAUUGUUCUGAUUAUUAUUUUUUGAUAAAAAGAAGCUUUUUACUGGGGAUUUAUAUGCUAGCAGAGACACUAUUACUGGCCACUGGAUGGAAUGAGUGAUCAGAGCGGAACUCUGCCAUCGUCAGAACAAAACAAUGAGCUCUUUUGUUCAUUCCUGAAUGCUUUGGAGGAAAACUACACUUGUAAAUAUAUAACAGUCCGUCAUAUAUGCAGAUAACACUUACCAUUUCACUCCAAAAAAAAAAAAGAGAGAAAAAAACGUUUUAUUUUUGCUGCCCUGUGAUCAUAUGCUUGUUGUGUGUAUUCCCACCUCAUUCAAACCAGUAAUAUUAAAAAAAUAUAUGAAUAGU